AUGUCCAAGGUGGCCAAGUAUCGCCGGCAGGUGAGCGAAGACCCCGACAUCGACAGCCUGCUGUCCACCCUGUCGCCUGAGGAGAUGGAGGAGCUGGAGAAGGAGCUGGACGUGGUGGACCCCGAUGGGAGCGUCCCCCUGGGCCUGCGCCAGAGGAACCAGACUGAGAAGCCGUCCACAGGCGCAUACAACCGGGAGGCCAUGCUCAACUUCUGUGAGAAGGAGACCAAGAAGCUCAUCCAGAGGGAGGCGUCCAUGGAUGAGGGCAAGCAAGUGGAGACCAAGACAGAUGCAAAAAAGGGAGAAGACAAGGGCAGAGAUGCUGGCAAGAAGCCCCUGGGCCCCAGACGGGACUCAGACCUGGGGAAGGAGCCGAAGAAGGGUGGCGUGAAGAAAAGUGUCUCGAGGGACAAGGACGAAGCUGACGGCAGGAGUGCAGAGAGGCCCAAGGAGGAAAAGCUCAUCAGGGGCCUGGAGAAGGGCCGGGUCAGGGCUGUGGUGGACAAGAAGGAGGCCGGGAAGGAGGGGCCGGCCGCCCCCCGGAAGGAUGAGGAGAAGCAGAGGAGUGUGAGCAGAGACAAGGGCAAGAAGGGCGAGCAGCCCGAUGCGGCGAGCAAGACAGCGGCGCCCGAGAAGGCCAAGGGGCCGCGGACGGGUGAGGAUGCCCGGGCGGAGGCCCAGGAGCCGAAGGGGGGAUGCGGGGACAGGGUUGCCAGGUCGGAGGAUGAGAAGGCCAAGAAGGAGGAGCCCCGCGAGGCAAAGGCCCCCCGAGAAGACAGCAAGACCCCAGCGCCAGAGAAACCCGCCCCUGGUGCCCCCGCGAAGCCUGCGGACGGGCCCGCCAAGGCCGAGGAGGAGGCGGCCCCCAGCAUCUUCGACGAGCCCCUGGAGAGGGUGAAGAGUAACGACCCAGAGGUGACGGAGGUGAACGUCAACAACUCGGACUGCAUCACCACCGAGAUCCUGGUGCGCUUUGCUGAAGCGCUGGAGUUCAACACGGCCGUCAAGGUCUUCGCCCUGGCCAACACGCGGGCAGAUGACCACGUGGCCUUUGCCAUCGCCAUCAUGCUCAAGGCCAACAAGACCAUCACCAGCCUGAACCUGGACUCCAACCACAUCACCAGCAAAGGCAUCCUGGCCAUCUUCCGGGCCCUGCUGCAGAACAGCUCUCUGACCGAGCUCCGCUUCCACAAUCAGCGCCACAUCUGUGGCGGCAAGACCGAGAUGGAGAUGGCCAAGCUGCUCAAGGAGAACACCACGCUGCUCAAGCUGGGCUACCACUUUGAGCUGGCCGGGCCUCGCAUGACCGUCACCAACCUGCUCAGCCGAAACAUGGACCGGCAGCGGCAGAAACGGCUGCAGGAGCAGCGGCAGGCGCAGGAGGCCCAGGCGGGGAAGGCGCUGCUGGAGGUGCCCCAGGCCCGGCCCCCUGCCCGGGGCUCCCCCAGGCCCUCCCUGCAGCCACCCCCCAAGGCUGCUCCUAAGAACUCGCCAGGCAAAGGGGGUGCCAUGGCUGCACCCCCCCCACCACCGCCGCCCCUGGCGCCCCCGCUCGUCAUGGAGAACCUGAGGAACUCACUGUCCCCGGCCACCCAGCGGAAAAUGGGCGACAAGGCCCUCCCCGCCCAGGAGAAGAACUCCCGGGACCAGCUGCUGGCGGCCAUCCGCUCCAGCAACCUCAAGCAGCUCAAGAAGGUGGAGGUGCCCAAGCUGCUGCAGUAG